CCACUUUAGUCCACACCCUCUUUACGGGAAGCCCGAUACGCACCGGAAUGGCAGCUCGCAAUGGAAGCGCCGCCGGUCGAGAAUCUCUAGCCAACUCGGCACCACGGGGCCGCCUCACUUGACCGUCAUUGGCGGCGGAGAUCCACCUGACGACGAGUCGGCGGCCUACUGGCCCACUGGUGGCGGGCCUUCGCCGAAGCCAACUAAUACCCACAUUUCCAGUGCAUCAUCCAUGAACCAAAAGAUGGUGGUUGGUUGGCCGGUGGGCGGUGGUAGGAAGAAGGUGGGGCCCACCUAAUACUCUUUUUCAGGGGAUCAUGGUGCCGCUGCGCUUCCCCUCCGGUGAGCACUUUUGGUUUGGAGGUCUGGUGACCCACCCGGCAUCUCUUCUCUUAACCAGUGGCUUAUUAAUAAGAGAGAGACCUAAAAAGUGAGAGGGAGAGAGAAAUGGCGGAGCUGAGGGAGAGGAAGGAGGAGGAGGAAGGGGAAGAGGAAGAGGAAGAGGAGAGGUUACUCGAAGAGAUGGCGGUGAUAGACUUUGACAUGCUCUGUGCCACAGUGGCGCUACAGACGCGGGGUUUCUUGGCGGCACCGGGGGAAGGGGGAAAAGCAUGGGAAGCAGAAGGGGGAGGAGGAGGAGGUGUGCAAAGGAUGUGGGAGGGCGAUGUCCUCGACUGCUUCCAGGAUCAGCGCAUCGCCAUUGACUCCUUCUGUUGUCCUUGUUGUACAUUUGGGAAGAACAUGAAGAAGACGGGGUUUGGCUCAUGUCUCCUUCAGGGAACCAUGCAUCUUUUCCUUUCUGUUGCAGCUUUCCUUGCUUAUGUUGCAUUCGGCGUCACCAGGCAAUACUAUUUUCUGUAUAUAGCUAUUGCUUUGACCAUUUCAGUCUCACUAUAUCUCGGUUAUUUUCGACGAAAAAUGCGACAACACUUCAAUAUCAGGGGUAGUGACAGUCCAGUGGACGAUUGCCUGAAUCAUCUUCUUUGUCCUUGUUGUACACUGUGCCAGGAAACCAGAACUUUGAAUCUGAACAAUGUUAGAGAUGGAACUUGGCAUGGCAGAGGAGACACAAUAUGCAUAGGAAGUAGUGGAGCAGGCACUGGUACUUCUUUUGAACUCCGCCAAACUCCAGCGGUGCUGACUACCAAGUCACCUGAAGUUUGCCGUAUAGAGAGACCUGAGCCCUGAGGCAGUCUUUCCUUAGCCGAUGGAAGCCACUGAGAGCUUCUUGUAACACCAACCUUGCAAGGAAAUUGGUUGGUUUUGUGAAUAGUAGGAAAUUCAAAGUCAUCCACAUUCCACUGGGCAUAGCUUUUUAUCAUUAUUUAUCUUAAUGGCCUGUACUCUAAUCGAGUAGUUGACACAUUCUUAGUCGGUAAAUCAUCUUGUACUAAAUUAUAUUCUAAAAGAGAGUACCACGGAUU